AUGCCUUCGGCGCCCCUGCUGCCAAGUGCCUCCGUAACGACGACAUCUCGGCCACAAACACCUCCGACAACGAGAAGCAGCUCCAUCGCGUGGGGCGGCGCGGUCACCGCCUGCGGCGCUGACGGGCGCGGCGAGACGCCCGGCGCAGCCCGGUGGGCGGGCGCUGCGCAGGUCGCGGCCGGCGCGGGGCACAGCCUGGGCCUGCUGAAGGACGGCGCGGUCGCCGCCUGCGGCGCCGACGGGCGCGGCCAGACGUCCGACGUGACCCAGUGGAGGGGCGCCGCGCAGAUCGCGGCCGGCGAUUGGCGCAGCCCGGGCCGGCUGAAGGGCGGCGCGGUCGCCGCCCGCGGCCGCGACUGGCGCGGCGAGACAUCUCGUUAUGUGUUUCAGCGCGAGUUCGCUUGGCAGCGUCACUCAACGCAGCACAACUUGAUGAAUCCUACAUGGCCAACGGAGUGGCGACAGACGAUCCCGUUGUUGGCCCAUGACGAUUUCAUGAAGACCGGUGAGGUUGUCAUCGCCCAGGAUCAUUGGGAGUUCUUGAAGUCUUCUUCCCAGGCCCAGUGCAUCAACACAUCAAGCGGUCUUCUUGAUUUCUCUCACUGUUCCAGGCCGAGUGGAGUGCGCGACAUUGUUGACUGGCCUCAAGUCGCGCGAGAUGGCUAUCAGAUGACCGAAGUCAACACUGUGAUUAAUGCUUUCGCUGUUGGUGCUCUACGUGCUCUGGCUGUACUCGCGAACGCGACGGGCAAGCUGGACGAGGCGGUCACUUUGCAGCACCGCGCCAGUGCUCUCAGUGAUGCGAUGGCAGACAAGCUCUUCGACAAUUCCACCGGCUUGUUUGUGGACGGCCAGGGCAGCGGCGCGGACCAUCAUUCAGCAUGGCAUGCCCAGGUAUUCCCGCUUUUCUUCGGUGCAGGCCUGGCAGAGCAAAACGAGCGCUUGCUGGCUUUCCUGAAAUCCAAGCGCAUGGCGGGGUCCGUCUACGCUGCGUUUGCCUUCCUCCUGGGCCUCUACCGCCGCUUUAGCGACGACCACGGCGCGCUCGCGCUGGACUUGCUGACGACCUGCGACGGCAACUCCUGGUGCGGUAUGCUCAGCGCGGGGGCCACCGCCGUGAUGGAGGCAUGGACCCGGGAGGAGAUCGGGGAAGCCCAACCUGUCCUGGUCGCACCCGUGGGCGUCAGCCCCCGCCACCGCCAUCGCGCAGGGGCUCAUGGGCGUCCGGGCCUUGGCGCCCGGCUACAGUCGGAGGUCCGGCCGCAGCCGGGCGCGCUCGCUUGGGCCGAGCUGAAGCUGCCUGUGCUGUCCGGCUUCAUCGAGGUGCGGGUGGAGCAGUCCGCCUCGGAGUUCGAGCUGACGCUCGUGGCGCCCGGGAACACCCAGGCCACGGCCUGCCUGCCCCGCCUCGGCGGCGCCAGCGCGGAGCUCGUCGUGGACGGCCGCCCGCGCAGCGGCCACGCGUCGGGCGACUUCCUCUGCGUGGCGGGCGUGGGCAGCGGCAGGCACACCAUCAUUCGCAGGGCGCGCGGUGGUGAGGUCUUCGUGUGA